GGCAUCAAGGGAACUUAGUAGCACCAAUAGGUGAUAAGGUGAGGGAAAGUGGACUUAGAUGGUUUGGUUAUGCGCACCGGAGACCAAGAACUGUGCCAGCUAAAAGCAGUGAGUUGGUGCAAGUUGAAGGCUGUAAAAGGGCGAGGGUAAGGCCCAAAAGGACAUGUAUGGAGGUAGUAAGAAAAGACUGAUUGAUGGUCUAACUGAAGGCCUGUCCCUUAGGAUUCAUGUAGCCGGCUCCAAUUAAUUGGGAUAAGGCUCAGAAGCUGAUGAUGAUCAUAUGGCUCUGACACUCUUGUUGGAAAAUAUUAGGUAGACAUACCAUCUACCCCACAGCAUAUCAAACAAAAUGAUUGAAGUUGAGAUCGCAUCCUUUGCAAUGACUUCUCUUACUUUUCCUAACUUCUAUCACACUGAUUAUUGACUUUUUUGCUUAGCUAUAAUGGCAGCAAUCAUAAAAGUGAAUGCAACUAAGUUUUGAUGGGCUAAAAUAUUCCUUACAGAAGUGAAUGGUGAAUAUGCAUACUUGAAGUGCAUCUACUCUCUCCCAUGUGUGUUGCAUGUAUUAUGUUGCUGUGAGUAGAGGUUCAAAUAGGUUGGGUCGGAACUAUGGCCCAAUAUACCUAAUCAAAAGAUUCCUUAACCUAAUUCUAUUAUGGCAAUGAAUUGAAAUCUAAGAGCUUGCACAGAGAAAACAUGUGGUAUGGUUGUUCACAAAAUUUAUAUUAACUAGGGAAUUAGAAAUUACAAAGGCCUGACUGAGGCCAACAUGACCCAGCUCAUUUCAACUUGAACCUGACCAGAUAUUAAUAGCAAGGGCUGGGUAUAGGCUGAAAUAAAUCUGAUCAUUAAUUAUCAGAAAAGUAACUUGCUUAGAGAAGAGAAAAAAAAAACCCCUACAAAUGUUCAUUGGCUUCAACAAGAUGAAGGUUAGAGUUUCCAUCCUUUCAGAUUGCAGGCUUCAAUAUUGUUUUCCUUUUCUGUAAAAUUGCAUGCUUGGGUUUUGAACGUUCGGCCAUGACAUUGUUGUUUAACCUAUUGAUGAUUUCAACAUGUUCAUACUCUAUCAAUACCUUGAAAACUUGGCCUGUUAGAAAUUGUGCCUGCCAAUCCCCCGCUCAGGUAGAGGAGAAGAUUGAUGUCUGUUGGGCAGCUGGUCAUCAAACUUUUGCCACAUACCAUGAGGAUUCAUAAGCUCUGCCCCAAAUAAGCUGGGACAAGGCUAUGAUUUGCAGCAGAAGUUUUCCAUGACAUAGAAGAGCAAGUGACAGCUACAGUUGCCAGGAGCCAUAAAAUGAUAACCCGUGUACAACGCAUAGAAGCAGCACUUCCUUCUCUCGAGAAGGCUGUUAUGGCUCAAACAAGUCACAUACACUUUGCUUACAUAGCAGGUUUUGGCUGGCAUCCUGAUAUCCAAACUGAACAAAAUCACCUCACCCAAAGUGACUUGCCACGAUUCAUUAUGGAUUCCUAUGAAGAAUGCCGUGAUCCACCACGUUUAUUCUUGCUUGACAAGUUUGAUCAUUCUGGUGCCGGCACUUGUUUAAAGCGAUAUUCAGACCCGUCCUUUUUUAAGACAGCAUGGACUAACUCUGCGCUGAUGAAAAUAGAGAAAGUUCAACAAGAAAAGAAGGCUCAUAAAAGCAAGAAAAAAGGACCACGGCAGAAGAAUGGAUCUGUUCGACGUGCUGUUUCCUUAUCUGGGUACUGUAGCAGGAUGCAGUUGGGCUAUCUGGACAUUGAUGGCCAAGGCAUUGGUGCUGAACAGGUCUCCACAUCUGAUACACAGGCAAUAUCUAAAUUUUCAAACCGAUCAGCAUCUCUUGAUUCAAAACCCAGGUCAAGUUACUUAGGACGUGUUUUGGAUGUAAAUUCUUAUGCGGGAACUGAAGAACUACAACGCAAUGCAUUUUCCCCUUCUUCUAACACAAGGAUGCAGGAGAAUGAAACUACUACUUCUGUUCUUCUUGAUGAGCAAAAUGGAGGUGCAGACAGCAGUUCUCCACAUGGAUCCAUGCAAGGGCAAAAUUCGCACAGGCCAUCUUCUGUUUCUUGGGAUGAAAAGAAAGAAAUAGUGAAGUCUACAAGUCAGCUAUGUGUAAAUAUUCGUGAGGACCGGAGCCAGGAUCUAGAGCCUCAGCCAGUGAUCUUCGACCAGUCUAAGUUAGAGCAAGAUGCUGUUAGUCUUGCAAAUGCAGAUCAGGAAGAUAUCUUGUUUGAUUUCGAAAACAUACCAGCAUCAUUUUCAAGUAAAAACCAGUUUGAUGAGAAAGAGAUAGUGAAGCCUACGAAUCAGCCAUGUGGAACUAUUCCUGGGGACCAGCUGCGAGAUCUAGAUCCACUGCCAGUGAUCUUCGACCAGUCUAAGUUGGAGCAGGAUGCCACUAGCCAUGCAAGUGCAGAUCAGGAAGAUACUUUGUUCCAUAUCAAAGAUAUACCAGGAUCAUUUUCAAGUAAAAACCAGUUUGGUGAGGCAGAGAUAGUGAUGCCUACAAAUCAGCCAUGCGGAACUAUUCCUGAGGACCAGCUGCGAGAUCUAGACCCACUGCCAGUGAUCUUCAACCAGUCUAAGUUGGAGCAGGAUGCCGCUAGCCAUGCAAGUGCAGAUCAGGAAGAUACCUUGUUCCAUAUCAAAGAUAUACCAUCAUCAUUUUCAAAUAAAAACCAGUUUGGGGAGGCAGAGAUAGUGAUGCCUACAAAUCAGCUAUCUGGUACUAUUCCUGAGGACCAGCUGCGAGAUCUAGACCCACUGCCAGUGAUCUUCGACCAGUCUAAGUUGGAGCAGGAUGCCGCUAGCCAUGCCCGUGCAGAUCAGGAAGAUACCUUGUUCCAUAUCAAAGAUAUACCAGCAUCAUUUUCGAGUAAAAACCAGUUUGGUGAGACAGAGAUAGUGAUGCCUACAAGUCAGCUAUGCAUAAUUAUUCCUGAGGAGCAGCUGCAAGAUCUAGACCCUCUGCCAGUGAUCUUCAACCAAUCUAGGUUGGAACAGGAUGCUGCUAGCCUCACAAAUGCCGAUCAGGAUAUCUUGUUCCAUGUCAAAAAUAUACCAGCAUCAUUUUCGAGUGAAAACCAGUUUGAUGAGACAGAGAUAGUGAAGCCUACAAGUCAGCUGUGCAUUACUAUUCCUGAGGACCAGCCUCAGGAUGUAGACCCUCUGCCGGUGAUCCUCGACCAGUCUAAGUUGGAGCAGGAUGCUGCUAGCCUCACAAAUUCUGAUCAGGAUAUCUUGGUUGAUGUCGAAAAUAUACCAGCAUCAUUUUCGAGUAAAAAACAGAUUGAUGAGACAGAGAUGGUAAAUCCUACAAGUCAGCUGUGCAGAACUAUUCCUGAGGACCAAUGCCAAGAUCUAGAGCCUCUGCCAGUGUUAUUCGAGCAGUCUAAGUCAGAGCAGGACGCUACUAUUGCAAAUGCUAAUCGGGAAGAUAUCUUGUUCACAAAUUCUGAUCAGGAUAUCUUGGUCCAUGUUGAAAAUAUACCAGCGCCGUUUUCAAGUGAAAGACAGAUUGAUGAGACAGAGAUGGUAAAUCCUACAAGUCAGCUGUGCAGAACUAUUCCUGAGGACCAGUGCCAACAUCUAGAGCCUCUGCCAGUGUUAUUUGAGCAGUCUAAGUCAGAGCAGGACGCUACCAUUGCAAAAGCUAAUCAGGAAGAUAUCUUAUUCACAAAUUCUGAUCAGGAUAUCUUGGUCCAUGUUGAAAAUAUACCAGCGCCAUUUUCAAGUGAAAGACAGAUUGAUGAGACAGAGAUGGUAAAUCCUACAAGUCAGCUGUGCAGAACUAUUCCCGAGGACCAGUGCCAACAUCUAGAGCCUCUGCCAGUGUUAUUUGAGCAGUCUAAGUCAGAGCAGGACGCUACUAUUGCAAAAGCUAAUCAGGAAGAUAUCUUGUUCACAAAUUCUGAUCAAGAUAUCUUGGUCCAUGUCAGAAAUAUACCAGCGCCGUUUUCGAGUGAAAGACAGAUUGAUGAGACAGAGAUGGUAAAUCCUACAAGUCAGCUCUGCAGAACUAUUCCUGAGGACCAGUGCCAAGAUCUAGAGCCUCUGCCAGUGAUCUUCGAGCAGUCUAAGUCAGAGCAGGACAGUACUAGUCCUGCAAAUGCUAAUCAGGAAGAUAUCCUGUUCGAAGUUGAAAGUAUACCAGCAUCUUUUUCAAGUAACAGCCAGUUUGAUGAGACGGAGAUCAUGAAGCCAACAAGUGAGCUAUGCAGACCCAUUGCUGAUAACAGGGGGCAAGAUCUAGACCCUCCACCAGUGGUCUUCGACCUGUCUAAGUUUGAGCAGGAUGCUGCUAGCCUCAUAAACUCUGAUCAGGAUAUUUUGUUCCAUGUCGAAAAUAUACCAGCAUCAGUUUUGAGUAAAAAUCAGUUAAAUGAAACAGAGACAGUGGAGCCUGCAAGUCAGCCAUGCAGAACUAUUCCCGAGGACCGGCGCCAAGAUCUAGAGCCUCUGCCACUGAUCUUCAACCAGUCUAAGUUGGAGCAGGACGCUGCUAACCUUGCAGAUGCAGAUCGGGAAGAUACCCUGUUCCAUAUGGAAGAAAUACCAGUGUCGUUUUUUAGUAAAAACUUUGAUGAGGUCAGUAGUGAGACAGACAAUUAUAUGGAUGCACUAAACACAAUGGAGUCUGAUGUCGGGACGGACUCGGAGUGUCAAACCAAAUGGGAAGUGGAGUUACAGCCCAACUUUAAGCAUAAAGGAAUGGAAUGUGGAAUAGAUGAGGUGCAAAAGACGGUUGCUCAAAGUUUGGAUUCCUCUGAUAUGGAGUCUCCUGUUGCAUCUUAUAGCUCAAACAAAGUAAUAUUUCCAAAAGUGUCCAGGUCGGUCUCUUCAGAGAGUUUAGACCAUGCACAGCCACCUCAGGUUGCCACCAUGGCUUCUAAUCCAAUUUGUUCUUUGGAUACUGGUUUAAAUGAAAGUCCCCGUGUCAUUGAUGUGACUAGAGGGAGUGGUUUUGAAUCUGUUAGUAGCAGUCCAUCUUCAGGCUCCAGCAUUUCCGACAGACAAGUAAACGAGCUAACAGCCAACUUGUUUGAGACUACUGGUUUCAAUGAAAGUCCUCGUGUCAUUGAUGUGACUAGAGGGAGUGGUUUUGAAUCUGUUAGUGGUACUCCAUCUUCAGGCUCCAGCAUUUCUGACCAACAAGUAAACAAGAUUACAGCCAACUUGUUCGAGACUCGAGAAUCUCCUGAAAUUUCUGGUCUAGCUCCCAUUAAAUUCUGGACAAAUGGUGGCUUAUUAGGGCUUGAGCCAUCAAAACCGCCAGUUUUGAACGUGUCAGGUGUUGCAGAUCAGGAUUAUAAACGUGGUGGUAAAAUCGUUACAAAUGGCCUUUCGGAUCCGACUGUUUUGCCAAAGUUGCAGCAUGAUGGAUCAGAUGGGAAAUCAGUUACAUUGGUUGAACCCAUCAAAUGCAUAACAGACAACUCAAGCUCUGUGCAAAAAAGAGAUGGGUUGCCUGAUGUAGCCAGCCCCAAUGAUCUGACCAAGUUGUAUUCCAAUCAAUCAGUUGGAGGAACAGGCAACUUGAUUCAACCAAUUUCUCACACCAAGUACUCCAAAUCAUGCCAUGAUAAGCAAGAUGAUUAUUUGCCCGUGAAGCGGAACUCUCAGGAACUUGUGAGGGCUGUGUCAGAAAUCAGGCCUGAGAAUUUAAAAGAUUCACAUCCUUUGAAUGGAUGUGGUUUGACAGAAACCAGUGUGGUAACUCCUGAAGAUGAAUUGCAUGCCAUUUCUAGUAAUGAUGUCCGAUCCAAAGAAUCUGUCCAAAACAACACUGAGAUCUUGACUAGUGUUUCUGGCAUCGGCCGUAGGUUUCUUGCAAAUGGCUUCUGGAGGAAAGCAUCCCUUGUCCGCAACAAUUCAUGUGAUCCUUGCAGCAUCGUGAAUUCCAAUACCAUGAAGUUGCAGGAGAGUCCUCGUUGUGACGAGCAGAAAGGGCAAAAUGUAGUGUCUAAGACUUCUCAUAGUCCAGACCCCAAAGAAAAGCUGGAACUUGAAUCGCCAGAAUAUCCAUUUUCUUCCAAGUCCUCUUACAUUGACUGCCCUUCACCGCCACUGGAACAUAUGAAGAUCUCUUUUCAUCCUAUAAAUGGCUUGCAGACCCCAAAAUUAAAACUAGAAUUUUCUGAUAAGCAUCAACUUCAAGGAAGCAUUGGAGAUGCAUUGCUUCCUUUGUUUCAGUUGCUUCCCGAGGCUGCUUCUCCUCUGCAGGAUAUGGGUUCUGAAUCUGAUGAGGGCACGUUUUAUAGGUCAUCUCCCUAUCUGUCAGAGGAUCUUCUCAGCCCUGGUUCAGAAUCAAACUCCGAGCAGUGGGAAUCCCACGAAACAGCUGGAAGUCAUGACCAUGAGAUAUAUGAUGCCUUACGUAGAUCCUCAUCAGCCGCAUCGAUCUCUAGCCCCUGCGACCUUGAGACGAUAACCCAUCACAGCAUCAAUCUGGCCUGUGAGUUUGGAAGUCUGAAUGCUGAAAACGGCAUCAAAUCUAUUGAAUCCGCUACUCCGCUUGAUCUUCUGGAUUUUGCUGCUGUAAAUUCUUUAACGAGUCAGCAUGAAGGAAAAACUGGAACCGAGGUGAAGGAACUGCCAGCAUUGCAGUAUCCUUGUGAGCAGCCACCUGUACUCCCUCUGCUGGAGUGGAGCAUAACAAAACCCACCUUUGCUUUGUUAGCAGAUUGCGAACAUACCAUGUGUGAAGCUAGCAAGCACCCAAAUGAUAUAUUAGUUCGAGAAUCUGUUUCUCAACAAUCUAAGCCAUCUGCACCACACUGUAGCGAAGAAUCAACUUCGUCGGCUGACAGGAGCAUGCAUGAUCAGAAGAAGCUGAACAGAAGCAGAGAACUGAAUGAGGCUGCAAAUGCCAAGGAGCUGGAUGAAAUGGAAGGCUGCCCGCAUCAAAUAAGAAACAAGGGUUGGCUGACCGUCUCCAAGCCAUGCACGAGCCGCCCUUUUGCCUCUUCAACAUGGUAAGGAUGACCCUUUCAUCGAGUCAGCUGAAACUGUGUUAUAUAUGUGAAUAAUCGCAGUUCUUUCUGUGUAAAUUAUUAUAUUUUGUAGGUUUUUCAAGGGUUUACCAUAUUUUGGUUCGAAUUAGGCUGUAAAAAACCUGUUGGGCGACGCUGGUGUUGCCGCUUUCUUGUAUUCCUAAUCUUUGCUGUGAUGAUCCAUGCAUAAUGCCAGAGAAAAUUAGUGGGCCAGGUUAUGAAUUUCA